AUGGACGUUUCGAGCAUUUAUUCGACUUUGCGGCAGCUGCAAGAUGGUUGGUAUACCGGAAAGAAAGCCCAAAUGUUGGAUACUCCUAAAAAGGACACUCUGGAUUACUUGGAGUUCAAAGCUGUAAUAGCAAAUUCUUUGCUCUAUUUCACUCCAGCAAGAGAGCAAAUACACCUGUACGAGGAAAUAUGUCCCUCAACCCCCAUUGCAGCUGAGAACAGCCAUGGCAGGUCAUUUACCAAUGAUUGA